CAACAAGUGUAAUUGAAAAUACAAAUAAUUGUAAUUACUAUAGCGGGAUUUUAGAAAAGCACGAAACAGAGGAUUUUUCAAUUAAUAAAAUAAGUUCUUCUGCAUCUUUGGAAAUCAAAAUAUAUUUACUAUAUUCUAGAAUUAUUUCUUUAAAAUCUUGUAUAAAAAAUUUCAUAAAUCAUGAAGUUUCGCGGGAAAAUGGUUGAAAUAUCCAGCAUACAACAUUUUACGAAAAUAUUGCAAACAGUUGCAAAGUUGACAAAAGUUGGUGUUUUGCGAAUAGUGCCUACUCAUAUGUAUUUUAUAUUUAAUGAGAGAAUUACUGCUGGUGGUUCAAGUUUGUGGUGCGAGAUCCCGCAGGAUCAUUAUUUUUGUGAAUUCAAUAUGGAGGGCCUUUCUGAAGAACACAAUGAAAUUUAUUUAGAAUUUCAGCUUGACAACCUUGCAACUGCAUUUAGAUCAGCCCAAGCUGCCAAAUCUGUCAAGCUUAAAUUGACAAAAAAACAUGUUCCGUGUCUCACGCUUGAAGUGGAAUUGCCAUCCUUGCAUUCCCAUUCACGAUUUGUUGUACAUGAUGUACCUAUUCUGGUAAUUCCCAGGAGGCUUUGGGAACAGUUUCAGGAACCAUCAAUGAUAGAGUUUGAUGUGUCCUUGUAUAUGCCAUCACUAAAAGUAGUGAGGAGUGUUGUGGAGAGAAUGAAAAACAUAGGAAACUGUAUGACAAUGCUUGCAAGCUCAGAUGGAGAAAUUGAUUUGUGCUGUGAGACUGACACAGUAACUAUAACAACACAUUUUAAAGAUCUGAAUUUAACAUCAGUUUCUGCUCAGUGUACAAAUAAACGGACAGCAGAAUGCAGGAUUGAUAUUCGUAAAUUUAAUCAAUUUCUACUGGGGCAGCAAAUUAAUCCAGCUAAAGUAGUUUGCAAUGUAACACACCAUCAAAUGGUUCAGUUCUUUCUUCUGCAUGAUGAUGUAUCCAUCCAAUAUUUCCUUCCUUGUAUUGUGGCUUAAAGGACGCUUACCAUGAAGUUAAGCUUAAUUGUAAAUAUUGUUUAAUGUGGACUUGUUUGAAUUUUGAGAGUGUAAAUAUUUCAUGCUGUAUUUUUACUACAUGCAAAUUAUUUCAUAAAUUUGUUAGAAUUUUUAAUAAAUGUGUCUUGGUCUUUAUAUUUAUAAACUAAUAUGAAUGUAAUACUUUAAACUAAAUUUUAAGUUAAUUUUAAAUGAUUUAUUGAACAAUAUCAAGCUUGGUGUCUACCAUCAAGAAAAUAACUUUGUGCAGUUAAGUAAUGAAUAAAAAUUAAUUUCCCUUUUAAGAAUCCGAAGAUAAUUAAAAUUUCUUAUGACCAGUAGUUAACAUUUCUGUGGAGCUAUUAGAAACAAGUAUGACCAAACUAGCUGUUUCUUCCUUAAAGCCAAUGUAGAUUUGGAGAUAUUUCGAAUUCUUCUAAUUAGAAUGAAAACCCAACUACACACAAUUGUAUGCAAUUUCAAAAGAGGUAAAUGAUGUUUCUUUUAAUGCUUAUAUAUGUUAGGUAAAAAGUUACAUCUGAAAAGAUUCAGUGUUAUUUAUAUUUGAAAGUGUUAAUGCUUAAAAUGUUAGGGGACUAGUUUAACUUCUCUAACCCAGUGACAAUAUGCCAUUAGUUAAACAAAAGGUAGUGAACAUCCUACAAUAGCUCACUGUUGUUAAGAUUAAAAUAAUGGUUUUUCGAAUGCCAAAACCAUUGCUUAUUUUAAAACUGAAUUUGGUUUCCAAGCAUCUGAAAAUUUUCUUUUUCAUGUCAUUGUGAAUUAUGAGGUUAUUAAAGAUCUCUGAGAACUGUAACUAGUUUUAUGUGGCAUAGGUUUUUUUUUUUUGUCACUUGGUAUGUAUUGUCUUUCUGUUUGAAAUAUUUUGUUUUCUUAUAUCCUUUAAUGAUUUGAAUGUUAUCCUAACAAAUGGAAGGUUGUGAAAACAAAGUAAUUAUAUAAACCUGGCUAAUAAAUGCUACUUAACACAUUCAUCAUUGCAA